AACUGUGACAGAUUAGACAAGGAAACAGAAGAGAGUCCCUGGUGGAACUGAGGACACCGAUCUAUAUCUGCUGCCAUCAUGUCAAAAGUCUUUAAGAAGACCAGUGGAAAUGGAAACAUCGCCUUGUACUUGGCAAGAAGAGAUUUUGUGGACCACGUGGAUUCUGUCGACAUAGUAGAUGGGAUAGUAAAGGUGGACCCCUCUGGUCUAAAUGGCAGAAAAGUGUUUGUCUAUCUGGCCUGUGCUUUCCGCUAUGGAAGUGAAGACCUGGAUGUUAUCGGACUCUCCUUCAGGAGAGACAUCUGGAUGAAGAAAGUUCAGGUGUAUCCACCUGCAGAUGGAAAUCCGACCAAGACACCAAUCCAGGAAUCCCUCCUGAAAAAAGUUGGCGACCAGGGGUGUCCCUUUUCUUUCCAGAUGCCAACAAAUCUCCCAUGCUCGGUUUCUUUACACCCGGGGCCAAGUGAUAACGGCAAGGCUUGUGGAGUGGAUUUUGAGGUCAAAGCAUACGUAGCUAAGGAAGCAAGCAAUCCAGAUGAAGUCAUUGAGAAAAAGGAUACCUGCCGUCUGAUGAUUCGUAAAAUACAGUAUGCACCGACCAACAAAGCCGGACCAAAGGCCGAUAUCUCCAAACAGUUCAUGAUGAGUGACAAACCAAUUCAUUUGGAGGCAUCUCUGGAAAAAGAGAUUCACUACCACGGGGACCCGAUCAGUGUCUUAGUGAAAGUCAAUAACGAAACAACAAAAACCAUUAAGAAAAUUAAAGUCUCUGUGGAACAGCUAACAAGUGUAGUCCUCUACUCAUCUGACACCUACACCAAGGAGGUGUGCUCUGAGGAGUUCGGAGAAAAUAUUGCUGCAAACUCUACCUUCGAGAAGUCCUUUCAAAUUACCCCUGUCCUGUCCAACAUCAAGGAGAAGCGGGGGCUUGCCGUAGAUGGAAAGCUGAAAGAUGAGGACACCAACUUGGCAUCCACAACGCUGAGCCAAGGGGAUAAGGAGAUGCAGGGAAUCCUUAUCCACUACAAAAUCAAAGUUACUGUAACAGCGUCUGGAGGAGGCUUGCUUGGUGGCCUGACAGGAAGUGAUGUUGUCGUGGAGCUUCCUUUGACUUUGAUGUCACCAAAACCUGCAGAAGUGGUUCUAUGAACUAGAGCCAACUCGAUCAAAAAAUCUAUAAAGUUCAGAUGAGAACCGAUGUCACAGUUGAUCCUGUGGAGGCAUAAAGAAAAGGAAAAUCAACAGGGAAAACCAAGGAACUCAUCACCAAUGAAGAACACACACACGGCACAGUCUGUGCAAGCAAACAAUUUUCCUGUUUUCCAUGUAAAUAAUAUUUUUUACUGUAAAUUACACUCAAGGCUUAAUUAUGGAAUAACUAUGUAUAAUUUUUCUCCUGAAUGUUAUUAUGUCUAAAGUAUUCUGGACAAUUGUGAAAAGCUCUUUAGACUAUAAGAGACCUCUCUGCAAAUUCUCUAAAUGGAAAUGCAGAGCUUAAUUUGUUUGUGUAGAAUUUUGUGUCAUUAGAACAGCAAUUAAGCUUACAUGUUUCAGAUGAAUGUAUUGACAUUACUUGUUACUCAUUACACAUUA